UCUUCUCCGGCCGACCCGCGAUCACCGAGGCGGCCUCGCGUCCCCUCGCCCCUUCCCCUGUCCCUCCCCUGCCCCCGCCCCCGCCCCGGGGGCCUCCGCCACCCGCCUCCCACGAUGGCUUUGAAGAGAAUCCACAAGAUGUGAAAACUGAACUGGAGAAGUUGAAUGACUUGCUUAAAGUUACCUAAGAGCAGAAUAAUAAGAAAACAUCAAAGAAUAUUAUAUCUUAGAAAACCUGAAUUCUGCCUGUUGCCCCUACUGAUACCAGCAAGAGCAUAAACAGGAAUUGAAUGACCUGGCACGAGACCCCCCAGCACAGUGUUCAGCAGGUCCCGUUGGAGAUGAUAUGUUCCAUUGGCAAGCUACAAUAAUGGGGCCAAAUGACAGUCCCUAUCAGGGUGGAGUAUUUUUCUUGACAAUUCAUUUCCCAACAGAUUACCCCUUCAAACCACCUAAGGUUGCAUUUACAACAAGAAUUUAUCAUCCAAAUAUCAACAGUAAUGGCAGCAUUUGUCUUGACAUUCUACGGUCACAGUGGUCUCCAGCACUAACUAUUUCAAAAGUACUCUUGUCCAUCUGUUCUCUGUUAUGUGAUCCCAAUCCAGAUGAUCCUUUAGUGCCUGAGAUUGCGCGGAUCUACAAAACAGAUAGAGAAAAGUACAACAGAAUAGCUCGGGAAUGGACUCAGAAGUAUGCGAUGUAAUUAAAGAAAUUAUCGGAUAACCUCUACGAAUAAAGAUAGGGGAACUCUGAAAGAGAAAGUCCUUUUGAUUUCCAUUUGACUGCUUUCUAUGAGCCCACGCCUCAUCUUCCCCUGUGCACAUGUUUACCUGAUACAGCAGUGCUGCGUGUUGUACAUACUUGGAACAACAAACUAGAAAUACUGUACUUCUGUACCAACAUUGCCUCCUAGCAGAGAAGUGUGUGUGUGACAAGCCAGUUCUCCAGGCGUAACCUAGGUGUGAGACUAAAAGCUUUCCUUAUUGACUUAAAUUUGGAUAAUGGCAAGGUGAGGGAUGGUGGGUAUGGUAUGUGGUUGGGUGGGGAAGAAAAGCUCCACUGACCUGUAGGAGAUUAUUUUUAAGUGGAAUCCUUUUAAACUCAAAAACAGUUAUGAAAAGCAAGGCGAAGAACACGAAGCUGUUUCUAUAUUCAUUUUAUUCCAAAGGACCUACAUUGUAGGUGAAAGUUAUGACAAACCAGACUAAACUCUACCCACAUCCUGUAUUUUAAGGUCUAAGUUUAACUGGUCAACAUUUAAAUGGAUUGGAACUAUUAGUACAUAAAGUGUGAUGGGCUUUGUUUCCAGCACUUUUACAUCUUCCCACCCCUUCAACCUUCGUCCUCAGCCCCUUUCUCUGUUCCAUACGUAUUCAUUGGUUUGUAUGUGGUUUCUCAGUUAAUACAUAGCUAAUAGCUCUUAUUUUUCUUAUGUUUUUAACUGCUUAGGUCUAUCUGGAUGUAAGGGUGAAAAUUCAUUUGAUGGAAAUACUUGUGUAUAUUUAAAGACCCAGUUGCUCCUCUGGAGCUUGUACGUUCAAGAAUGAUUAAUCUGUGUAAUAAACUGAUUACUACAGUCAUUACAUAUAA